AACGGUGAGGGAUUAUGAAUUUAUUCGAUCAUCCGCACACCAGGUGGCUGAGCCCCAGAAGGCUCCAGCACCCCGGUGAUGGGAGUCAGCGGUUUUUAAAGGACUCUAGGCGGGCUUUCUCUGGGCGGAGAAUUCUCCGUGCAGGUCCGGAUUUUGGGAAGUCUGGAGGGGAGAGAAGAUGGUCUUAGCAAGUGGAUUGUGGUCUCGGCAAGUGGAAUGUCCACUGUGGAGUGGCCUAAAGGCUCUGCCCCUUCUUCGGGGGAAGACCCAGGUCCCUCCCUGCCUCAGCAAGGCCACCAUGAACCAGGGAACUUCUUUUAGGCACCUGCUCCUGCUGCUGCAACUGGCACUGCUCCUAGGAGCCACUCAGGGGAGAGAAGUGGUGCUGGGUAAGGCAGGAGGCCAGGUGGAGCUGCCCUGCAAAGCUUCUGAGAAGAAGGACAUGCCAUUCAUCUGGAAAGAUUCUGGAGGAAACACGAUUGUGAGCACUCUCUACCACACCGGUGCUUCAGGCUGGGUUAUAGGUUCCUCCAAGCUGAAAAGUCGUGUCCAUUCAACAAAAUCCCUAUGGAAUCAAGGAUCCUUUCCUCUGAUCAUCAGUAAUCUUGAGAUAACAGACUCAGGGAUUUAUAGCUGUACAGUGGACAACAAGCAAACAGAAGUGGAACUUGUGGUGUUCAAAUUGAAUGCCAAUUUGGAUAUCAAAAAUCGCAUCCAGCUCCUGCAGGGACAGAGCCUGACCUUGACCUUGGAGAGCCCCCCUGGUAGAAACCCUUCAGUAGAAUGGAAAGGUCCCGGGAAUAAAAAGCAGAAUAGGGACAAGAGCCUCUCACUGUCCCAGCUGAAGUCGCAGGACAGUGGCACCUGGACAUGCACCGUCUCCCAGGACACGAAGAAACUGGUGUUCGAAAUAAACAUCAUGGUGCUGGCUUUCCGGAACGUCUCUGACACAGUCUAUACAAAAGUGGGGGAGCCCGUGGAGUUCUCCUUCCCACUUACCUUUGAGGAUGAAAACCUGGUCGGGGAGCUGAGGUGGCAGGAGGAGGGGACCUCCUCCCCUCAGCCCUGGAUCACCUUCUCCUUGGAGAACAGAAAGGUGACUGUGAAGAAGUUUCAAAAGAAGAUCCAGCUGAAGGAGACACUGCCGCUCACCUUCAGCCUGCCCCAGGCCUCGCUUCAGGACGUUGGUUCUGGACACCUGACCCUGAAUCUCAGCCAGGGGCAGUUGCAUCAGAAAGUGAACCUCGCGGUGAUGAGAAUGACUAAGUCCCAGAACCAAUUGACCUGUGAGGUGUUGGGGACCAACACCUCCCAGCUGAUGCUGAGCUUGAAGCUGGACAACCAGACUACAAAGGUCUCAGGUCAUCAAAAGCUGGUGCAGGUGAAGGACCCUGAGGCGGGGAGGUGGCAUUGUCUACUGACUGCCAACAACAAAGUCCUGCUGGAAUCCAAUGUCGAGGUUUUGUACUCAGAGUUAAUCCAGGCCUCGCCAAAGCUCCUGGCCAUUGUGCUGGGGGCAGUAGGUGGCUUUCUGAUUUUCACUGGGUUCUGCAUCUUCUGCUGUGUCAAAUGCUGGCACCGAAGGCUUUCCCCACUCCCCCCUCCAAGGGGCACCUCCCUUCUGGAGGCCUGGGACCCUCACUACUCCUCUCCUUCUUCCUGGACAGCGCCAGGCAGUGCGGAUGUCUCAGAUCAAGAGACUCCUCAGUGAAAAGAAGACCUGCCAAUGCCCCCACCGGCUCCAGAAGACAUGCAAUCUCAUUUGAGGCACUGGCCAGGGGGAGCUUCCCACUUGCAGCCUCCCCAGCUGUCUACCCUGCGUUUCCUGUUGGGCUCCGGGGCCUGGGGACCGGAUGAAUGUAGCAGAUCCCAGCGCCUUUGCCAUCUCCUGCUCUCCUUGUCCACAGCUGGCCAUUGGGUCUCCUCCUCCGGAGGCUUACUCACACCACCGCUCCCCGAUUCCCUCUUCUGUUGAACCCUCGCCCUUCUUUGAUUAUUUCUUCUCAACUCUGUCCCUCACGGCCCACUUGGAUCCCGGGGGAGCACUCAGGACCAGCCCUGCCUGGCCUGGAGUGUGAGGCUGGGUGACUGAAGCACGAAGCACAGGAUUGUCAUCUUACAGGGAAGAACCUUGGCACCAGAGAAGGCAGGGAGUAGGCCAAGGUCACACAGCCCAUCAAGGACAGGUCCAGCUCUAACCGCUCCACCGUUCCAUUCUGACACACACCCUUGUCCACAGCUCACACUUGUGCACUGACACAAUUCCUUAUCACCCAAGCAGCACACUCAGUUUAUAAACCAGUUCCACAUCCUUUAUCUAUUUAAACUUUAUGAAAGUCCCACAAGGCCCUAGCCGGUUUGGCUCAGUCGAUAGAACGUUGGCCUGCAAACUGAAGGGUCCCAAGUUUGAUUCCAGCCAAGGGCACAUGCCCAGGUUGUGGGCUCGAUCCCCAAUGGGGGGCGUGCGGGGGGCAGCCGUUCAUUGGUUCUCUCUCAUCAUUGUGUUUCUAUCUCUCUCCCUCUCCCUUCUUCUCUGAAAUCAAUAAAGAAAUAUAUUUUUUUAAAAAAGAAAAAGAAAAUCCUACAAGGCUGGUAGUGACAGGACCAAGAUUAGCAUCUCCAGUUUAUAGACCAGAAAUGGAAUUCACAGAGGUCAUAUUGAUUGCCCAGACUGCUUGGCCCCUAGUUCUAUGGCUGUUUCUUGAACACAGAACAGAUACCACAGAUAUCUCUGCAGCCGGCUAGUCACGGGUGCUCAGUAUGUACCGGAGGGUUCACAGGAGCACCUUGGGGAGGCCUGCCUCAGGAGGUCAGAGCAUGGAGGAGGGCCUUCCUGCCUGAAAUCCCUCACCGCCUGCUGGAGGCAGAAUCCUGUUACCAGAGGACAAAGCCUUCAGCUCUCCUACUCAGGGCACAGGCUGGGAGCAGAGUUCCCAGGGACCUACCACGUACCCUGUACAGAACCUUCUGGAAGGUGAGCCUUGCCAGGGCGGGCAGGCACUGGGGAAGAGUGAACCCACUGAGAGGACUUCCUGGGAAGGGUGAUGGUGCUGGGCUUCAGUCCCCCUGCCUUGCAUGGCUCAGCUCCUUCACCCCCAGACCAUUCAGGAUAAGGAGACUUAAGGUUACAUGUACUCUUCCUCUUAAUUCAGUUCUCAGGAUCCCUAGCCUGCUCUGCCUCUCCUUCCGGUCUUUCUCACAAUCUCCCCCAGUCCCUCUGCCCUUUCCCUUCCCUUCCCUUCCAGCCUGCCUCUUCCAAGAAGCACACCCAGGUGCUGCCAGAGCUCCCAUUGCUUGCUUUGUAUUCCUGCCCCUUCCCCAUCCCUACCUCCGAGCUGACAAAAAUACAGUAAACU